UGGGUACCUGGGGGUCGCGCCGAGUACGCUGACGGGUGCGAGGUGGUCCCCGAAUACCAGAGCCAGCGCGAAGGGCUCCGACAAGGAGGGGAGAUCAAUUAUGUGGCGGGCGAGCUGGGGGGGUUUGAUGAUGGUUGAGUGGUGUAGGUCUGGCUGCGAUACGUCGGUGAACGCCGUCGUAACCCACAUGUGUCUGAAGCGUAGUCUUCGACUGCAUGCGCCGGCACGGCUUCCAGGUUUGUCUGAACCAAUCGGCUCGCCUGCAGAUGCCUUGUGUUACCGCGAUGCCGCGCCUGUGACGAGGUGCUACAUGCGCGGCUGCUCUGAUGAGCAUACACAUGACGGGCCCCGUUGCGCAACCUAGGCCGUGUGUCGGAGACUCGGAGUUGGUUACGCUCUUUCGAGUCUGAC